AUGUCUAUUCGCUCCCGUCGCGACCGCGAAUCGGCCGGCAGUAGACACAAGUUCAGCAUCGCUACCUUCCGCGGCUUGCAACAACCCGAACUAAGCAAGCGCCUCUCCCGCCUCAUAAAGUCGGAGAACAACGCCAUCGGUGCCCAUGAGACAGCAGGUCGCGAGCGUAGCUCCAUUGCUGCCCAGCUCUCGGAGUGGGGCGAGUCAACUGAAGAUGAUGCCAUUUCUGACAUCUCCGACAAGCUCGGCGUGAUGCUAGCUGAGAUCGGCGAGCAGGAAGAUGCCUUCGCGCAAAACUUGGAAGAUUACCGUGGUGUGCUGAAACAUAUCCGUAAUAUGGAAGCUUCGGUGCAGCCGAGUCGAGACCAGAGGCAGAAGGUCACGGAUGAUAUUUCAAAGCUCAAGUACAAGGAGCCCAAUAGUACACGAAUCACGACGCUGGAGCAUGAGCUCGUCAGAGCCGAAGCGCAGAAUCUAGUUGCUGAAGCGCAGCUGUCGAACACGACCCGUACAAAGCUCAAGGAGGCCUUUGAUAUCCAUACCGCGGCUGUUAUCGAGCGUGCUGAGAAGCAGAUUAUCCUGGCUCGCCAUGCCCGCCGUCUUCUUAACUACAUUGAUGAUGAGCCUGUCGUUCCCGGCGAUUCGCGUCAUGCUUACGAUCACGAGCUUGAGGCGCGCCAGGUCCUUGAGGAUGCGGAGACUGACCUCCGUGCGUGGCGACCCAGCGUUCAGCCCAUUGCAUCUGUCGAAUCCCAUGGGAAUGGCCAUGGUGUGAGCAACGUACACGCUGAUACUGAUUCCGUCUUGACUAACGGUGCCAAUGGAGUUGACACCACCGGACCUCCGGAGGAUGCCACCUCUGAGAUGGAGCGGGAGCAGCCUGCUGCUCUGGCCUCGUAA